AUGGUGCUGUCCGAGGCCGGGAAGAGCCUCAGCAGUAGCCAGCGCAUCGUCGCCCUGGGCUGCGAGCGUUCUGCGCCCAAGCAGCUCUUAGAGGGCUGCCGCUGGGUGGGUGGCAAGGAUGCGGAGCUCGACGCCAGCCUCGCGAGUCAGUGCGCUGAGGGCACCGAGGGUGGAAAGGUGACCGAUCUGAACUUUCACUACAAGUUCCUGCGGGAUAUCCAAGGCCUGGCGGACUACGCGCCCAACCUUCGCAGCCUCGACUUGUCCUCGAACAACAUCCGAGCUGUGGAGAAUCUGGGGGCCAUGCCGAAGCUUCGGGAACUGAAGUUGGACAGCUGCCAGAUCUCCCGUAUCCAGGGCCUGGACAAGUGUCCCAGUCUAGUCUCGCUCCAUUUGGAGGACAACGAGAUCAGUUGUGUGGAAGGACUUGAGAAGCUCUUCUCGCUGGAGGUCUUGAACCUGGAGAGGAACCGGAUUCAGAGGCUGGGCAGGGGCUUGAACAAGCUGACGAAGCUGAAGGAGCUGCGUGUUGCGCUGAACGAGCUCACGUCACUGGAGGGCCUACAGGGUCUGGUCAGUUUGGAGGUCUUGGAUGCCAGCCAAAAUCGGCUGGAGUCAGUGAGCCUGGAGCACCUCAAAGGCCUGGGCAAGCUUGACGAGCUCAUGCUGGCAGGUAACCAGCUGUCUAGCCUCGGCUUUUUGGGCACUGGGGGCCCGCUCCGCUUGUCAUCACUUGACGUGACGGACAAUCAGCUCUCUGCCUCCUCGUUCAAAGGCAUUCCCAGCCUCUCGCUCCUUUCCGAGCUGAUGCUGGCUGGCAAUGACAUGGAGGAACUUCCUGGCAACUUUGUCAGUUGUUGCCCUGCGCUGGAGAUCCUGGAUAUCUCCCGCAACAGUCUAACCACUUCUUCAGAGGUGCAGAAGCUGAAGGAUCUCAGCACCCUGCGGGAGCUCAGCAUCCAGGGCAACCCCAUGGCAGACAGGGAGGACAUGCCCAAGGUCUUGUCCUCGCUGGAAGCUUUGGAGUACCUUGAGAACAGGCAGUUUGCCCCAGCUUCGCAGCUGAUGCUUGAGGAGGGAGAAGAUGUUACCUUUGACCUUACGACAGUGGCCAAUGGCUCGCCCACUUCCCGGCCUGGCACAGCUGGCCGCCCCGGCACGGCAAGUCGUCCCGACACUGCAAGCCGUCCUGGGACCGCCAGCAAGGAGGGCGUGCAGCCGCUGAUGCACUGCGUGCCUAAGAGCUCCAAGAAGUGCGCCGGCGAGGACCAGGUCACACAGUGGAAGCAACAAACCAUUGGCAGCCUCCACGCCAUCAUGAAGCAAGUUGAAAAGACAUCCUCGCAGGCCGACAAGGACUGGCAAGAGAUGCAGCGAUGUGUGCAGAAGGCCACCGCUGCAAACCGCCGCUACGAGGAGCGAAUGGGCCGAGAAGCUAUUCCAGAGGAGCUGGAAUUCUCCAAAGAGGAAUGUGAGGCCAUGGGCAGAGCCCUGGAGGCUGAGGCACGGAGGUUGUUGUCUCGUACCGAGCAGACGAUGACGAUGGCGAGGCACCCGGGCCCAUAG